CUCUAUCCACACUUCCCUUCUCUCCCCUGUCUGUCUGUUUUUGUUUUCCCAAACAAAGAGCCCUGUACAGGAAAUUGUGGACUCUGGGAGCGUUCAGGAAGGCAGAGAACAGAUUUCCUGUUCAGACCCUACCUCAAAAAAAAAAAAGAAGGAGGAAAAAAGGAAAAACCUUUAAUGGAGCAGGAGAACGAGGUGGACGAGAAAGCAGAGAGGAGAGACGAGAUGAGAGAGGGAGGGUCAGUAACGUGUUAAGCCGAGUAGAAAAGGCUGUAAUUUUUCUCCCCUCCCUUCAGCAGGGAAAAAAAGGAGGAAGAAAAAAAGUUUGAAGCCUCGUGUAUUCGAGCAGUGAAACAUGGACAAGCUGAGAAGGACGGAGACGAGCCGGAGGAGUGAAAUCCAGAAGGUCCAGCUGAAAAGAAAGUUUUAAAGAGGAAAGAGAGAGAGAGAAAGGAGGAGGACGAGGGUCAGGAGGGGUUGAGGAGUGAAAAAAAAACGCCUACAGGAAACCGACUCACAGAGUCUCAGAGUCACUUUUUCACUCCGCUUUUGUGUCUCUCAGCCCAAACAGAAGAGAGAAAAAAACGUCCGAUGUGGGGAGUGACGUCAUCCUGGUGCCGCUGAGCUCCAGAAUUCCUCUCCCACUCCGAAACUCUGGACUCUCGGUCACCAUGUGAGCCCGAUGUGACUUUUCUUUCCGUUCCAGAAUCUUUUUCUUUCCUUUCUUUUUUUUUUUUCCUCGGCUUUGUAUUUUCUCUCGUCUCCUGCGUUUGUUUCUUUCUCGAUCUGGAUAAAACCUUGAGCUCCUGAUGAAGAAUAAAGCUGCCAAGCAGAAGUCUAAGAGGAAAGGAAGUGAAAAUGCGUUCGGCUGUGACCUGAGCGAGCACCUCCAGACCUCAGGACAUGACGUUCCCCAGGUUGUGAAGACGUGUGCAGAGUUUAUUGAGAAGCAUGGCAUCGUCGAUGGAAUCUACAGACUCUCAGGAAUCACCUCCAACAUCCAGCGCCUCAGGCAGGAGUUCAGCUCAGAGCAGUGUCCUGAUCUCACUAAGGAAGUGUAUCUGCAGGACAUCCACUGUGUUGGCUCCUUGUGUAAGCUGUAUUUCAGGGAGCUUCCAAAUCCACUGCUUACCUACGAACUCUAUCAGAAAUUCACUGACGCCAUGUCAGUCCAGGAGGAACAUGAGCAGCUCAGGAACAUUCAGCGAGUCAUCAAAGAACUUCCUGUUCCCCACUUCAGAACUCUGGAGUACCUGGCGAAGCACCUUGCUUACCUGGCCACACUUAGCCACCAGACCAACAUGCACACACGUAACCUGGCCCUGGUGUGGGCUCCGAACCUACUCCGCUCGAAGGAGAUUGAGGUAUCAGCGUGUAACGGUGAUGAGGCCUUUCUGGAAGUUCGGGUUCAGCAGUCGGUGGUGGAGUUCAUCCUGAAGCACACGGAGCAGAUCUUUAACCCUGGAGCCGAGCUCCCAAAACCUCUGAAAGAAGGUGCAGCUGUGAUGUGUGUGGAGAAGUACGCUACGCUGCCGGCAGUAAGUCAGUGUCCUCCCAUGAAGCUGAUGAGUCUGGAGGAAGCUCAGGCUCGAUCUCUCGCUCCCAAUCACCCAGCGAGAACUGAGCGACUCCGAGAGAACAGCCUUCCUGACACCAGCACCGCCGCCAUGUACCACACCGUCAUAGAGUUUAGUGAGAGCAAGAGGAAAUUCUCCGGAAAGUCGAAGAAGUGGAAGUCCAUCUUCAGCCUGGGUCGAUCCGUCGCUGAUGGCAAAGGGAAGCUGAGUCGCAACGGGAGCGUGUUCAUGAGAGCACAGAACGUCUCGGAAAAGCCUGGGAUUCGUCCAUCCAAGAGCAUGGAUUCCCUCUGUUCUCUGCCAACAGAUGAUGAUAAAGUCGUAUCAGCCAGAGGAAAAAACGGAUUCUUCGCCCCUGUUGUGAAAUCCAGAACCCUGGGUUCGGAUAUCAACUACGAUCCUAACGAACAGGAUCCCGAUUGGGAAUUUGACUUGCCCAAAUCUGGCAACACCGGGAACGGUCUGACCGCCAAAAUGUCCCCAGGGACUCCAAAUGCAUCUUUGUCGUCUUCUCCGUCGUCUGCUUCAUCUCAGUUACAGCGUUCUUUUCCCGAGCAGCUCAAGGUGUUUAAAGGGGACGAAUCGUCCACGUGCCGGCCCGCAUCCCCGAAAAACCGCCGGAUGUUGUAUUCCGGGACGUCGCACAACGGCUCGUCACAAAGGCCGUCCUUUCCGGGCAGCUUGUUUCCCUUGGAAUCGUCGCCGAGGCAUCAACGCAAGGCACUGAACAUCUCGGAGCCGUUUGCGGUGUCCGUCCCGUUGCGCGUCUCGGCGGUCAUCAGCUGUAACAGCACCCCCUGCAGGGUGGCAGGAAAAGAUCGUGAACGCGGUUUGGGAAGCUUGGGAAGCGCCAGUUUUAGAGAGCCACACCCCAGCAACAGUGGGAGCUUUGAUUUCCGAGACAGGGAGAGACUAUUUGGGGGCAGAGAGAACCCGCUCGGCAACAGCGCCGGAUACGGUAUCUAUAGCAACAGCAGCUCCGUCCCCACAGAGGAGAGUCAAAUGAAUGAGAGGAGCACCAGGGUGGUCCCCUCCGAAACAGCAGCACUGAGCAUUAAGGUGGAGGUGAAGCCUGGUGUAGAAAUGUCACAGAACGUAAUGGCACCUCAAUCAAAAGUGACUGAAAACCACAAAGAAACGCCUCAGUCCUCCGGGACAGAACUGGAUGCUUCACCAGCGCAGCUCAGCGAGGAGCUGAAAAAAACGGACCGACUGGAAGUAGGAUCGAAAGAUCCAAAGCUGCACUAUGAUCACAAGCUCAGGAUCACAGAGUCCGAAAUCAACUCUCCGAAAGACCAACUGAAAACCAGCGGCUCAAUGAGCAAAAUCGCUGGACACGAUGGUGCUUUAAAUUUCACUGCUCAGGCUAAAAGAAGAAGCAGUUUACCAACUCACCCGUUGUCUUCAAAGGGACACUUCAAAGACAUUCUAAAAGGUCUCUUGGUGGACCGUUCAGGUGCUACGCUUUUUAAAACGACGUCGAAGCUUUCAGCUUCUGAAAAUGACUGGAAUUACCUGGAUGCCGAGAAAAACGAUCACAAGAGCUUGGAUUCAUUUGAGUCGUUGGACAUUAUGGCAAACAAGCUGAAGCUUUCGCCUUUCCUUCAGUUGAAGGAGACCGAUAUUCUCCAAGAUGCUGAUCCCUGGCCUUUGGUUUAUUCACCAGAAGAUCCUUCAGCCAAGGAAAGCAAUGAUGCAAUUGCUUAUGGUUCUAGUCUUGAUAGCAAACCUGUUUUGAUUGCAGAGCAGGAUGGAAACUUACCAAAGUACAAUGAUGACAAGAAAAAUGACAAGAAGGAAACUAGCAGUAUGAGUGUUAAUUUAACAACCAAAGUAAAGGUAAACAUUGAAAGGCUUUCAAAAUGCUUGGAUGAAAGGCGCCUCACUCUAGAAAUCCCGAGUCAAGAUGAUGACGAUAUCUGGGGGAGUCAUUUGGCAGGACUGGAUCAAGUGGAGCCCUGGGAAGACUUGAGCACUACCAAGCAGUGGGUCACAAGCCCACUCCACUCAACCAAACUGGAGGAUCUUUUCUCUCUGUUUAAUACACCGGCGCCAGCUUCAGGAGCUGAAAUCAGAACAUCGACUGAGUUGAGCAUCCAUCACUUGCAAGAAGACAAAAAGGAGGUAGAUGUGAGAGAACCUCCAUCAGAGAAAUUAGAAGAAAAUUCACCCAUUAAUCGUGAACCUCUCGAUCCAGUGAAAAAGGCAGAUGAAUUGACUUGUGAAACUAUAACUGAGCUCUUACUUGGUGACAACUUUGAAGAUCCUGGAGAAAACACAGAGACUAAACAGGACUUUUCACAGGCUGCACAACCCAAGACUCCCAUCUACCAGGAGGAGACUACCAGAAUCCCAAAGAGAAACAGUGGACCUCCAAAAUCUUCAAAGUCUUCUGUCUUUUCCCAAAGAUUUCACCGGCAGGUAUCGCAUGAGCCCUGUAUUGCUGAGAAGAACGAGGAAAACAUUGCUCCAAAACACAGACCAUACUCCCUUAACUUGGAUUUGGGAAACCGGUGCAUCAGGGACAUCUCAAAUCAGCAGAACCUUGAUCUUGUUGAUCAUUUCUCUUGGCAGAGGGGGGCAAUAACCCCUUCUGGAACAAAGUAUGAAGGGUUGUCUUUGGAACUGGAGAUGUUCCUGAGGGACCGUCACGCACCCAUGCGACGCAACUCGGCACCGGUUAGCGUGUCCUCAGUGCGCACUGCUUUCAUGAUCAAAACCUGUCAAGCCAAAGCCGUGCCUGUUAUACCUCCAAAACUCCAGUACAGCCACACACCACAUCCAGUUCAUCCAGAGAAAUGCAGCCACGAGCAGGACACAGCAGAAAGUAGACCUGAGAAGAUUAAAUUAGAGAAGGCCGAUUCUUUACCUCCUCUCCUGAUGGUAAAAGAUUCCAAAGAAGAAAGAGAAAACUGCAAACCAGGCACAAGGAUCCAAAGACAGGCGUCUGUGGAAAAACCGUCAGAGAUGUCCAAGGCAGCGCCUGCUCCUGAGUUUCCCAUCCUAAGGAGGAAACGGUCUGCCAAUGGAGACUUCUUCGUGGAUCGUCCCAGACCUGAAAGAUCUGCCUUACUUCAAAGGUCUUCCUUCAGGAAUCGUCCAAGGCCUCAGAGCCUGAUUCUCUUCAGUCCUCCAUUUCCUAUCAUGGACUAUCAUCCAGCGGGGGACGAUGGAAAACACGUCCUGUCACCCAUUAAGAGUCCUGCUGAAACAUCUCCUCUUGACGUCCUUACCAAGGAGCUCGCAGAGAACCUUAAAACUCCAGAUGAGGUCACCUUACGAAACAAGAUGACUUUGCCCAAGAGCGGACAGAGAUUGGAAACUUCUACGAGCUGCUUCUACCAGCCCCAGAGGAGGUCGAUGAUUUUUGACAACAGGAGCAGUCGGCAGAUCGAGUGAGCCAUCGGUCAGACCCGUAAACCUUCACGUCAUCUCUAGACGGAAGAGUGUCUGAAUGUAACAAGUUCCCUUAUUCUUUUUUGCUGACCAAAAAUUGGCAUCUAACAAGGUGCCUUUAACUUCUAAAGGUGACAAAUGUAGAACUUUCAUCGUCGUUGUUGUUGUUGGUGUAAAAUUCUGCUGCUAAACGACUUUGAAGAUAAACAGAAUGCUUUUUUUUUUUUUUGUGAAGUAGCAUUUUAGUGCUAACUGCUGUACAUUUCUGGCUCGCAUGGUCUCGGAAUGGUGAAGAUGGUGAUGAAGAUGAAGGUGAGCUCCACUGAAUUUACAACGAAGCCUUACCUGGAUCGAGUAACCAAAUAAUUCAGGGGAUUUUUUUGUUUGUUUGUUUGUUUGUUUAUUUGUUUGUUUGUCCUGGUCAGAUUUCUAAAUAGUAUUAAAUAUCCUGCAAUGUGUUUAUUUCAUUCUUCCUUCCGUACCCAUUUCUUUAUGGGGAUUAUUAUUAUGGGAUGGGAGCCAUAGGUCAGAUACGCAGUGUUACUCAGCGAUGGUGCAAUUAAAGGGUCAAAGCACAAACUUACAACCGUGAGGUCUGGAUUCGAUCCAUAAUUGUUCUUUUAUAUAUUUGUUUUUGUUCAUCAUCUUCUACUUCAGCUGGUGUCUUCAUCUCCGAAUAUAUUAUCGAAUUCUAGAGUCCUAAAUGGGCUUGUCAUUAUGGUGCAAUGUCAAGGACAAGUGAAGGACACAUCAAUGCUUGCUAAAACCUUUUCAUGGAGGUUACAUAACCAAGAAAAGAUCAUGGUGUCAUUGUUUGGAUGUUUUUUAUUUUUAUUUUAAAGAAAUACAUAAUGGAGCACAGGAAUCGAUAUGAUGACGUUGCCAUGACGACUGUCAACACUGUGUUUAUUGUUACCCUAUAUUGUGCGAUUAUAAUAUAAUAUCGGGUCGUGACACGACGUCACGUGAAGCCAUUUAAAUCGGAAUAUCUAUGUGCAAAUAAUGUCAUUGUACAAAAAGAAGCCUGGAAUUUUAUGGUGUAUUUAUUUAUGUGGUUUGUGUCUCAUGACGUGGACUUUGUGACGGUGUUGUGGAUAUCACUGUUGUUCCAAACCAUAAAAGUUUUAUAGUUGUGUGAAGGACACACGUUUAUCUUAUGACGACGUAUAAAAAUACGAUUUCUCGCCUUGUUUUGGUGAUUAGUUGGUUGGUAUCUGAAGGUAGAGGUUCAGUUUGAGAGAAACAAGAAAGAUGGAACGCUGAAGAAUGUGAAGGUUCUGAUACUGGUUGGAACACGUGCUCGGACGCUGUGAUUCGUUUGUACUCCAGCGAGAUCUAAACACUUUCCUGUGUUUCGGCUUCGCAGAACAUAAUCGUGUUUGUAAGGUUAGUCUCUGAUUUUUAUAAUCAUCAAAUGAAGAUACAUUAUUUGGCCAAAAGUAUUAAGACACCACCCUUUUCCACCCAUAUGUGCUUCACCCACAAAGUUAAACACACAAUUGUAUCGGAUAUCUUUAGACAUGGGAGCAUGAAAUUUCUCCUUCACUUU